AGUAGUCUAAAUGUCGGUAGUUGACUGUUCGAGCCAAUAACAAGUGUUUUUAUAUUUUCGUCGAAACUUUGAUUUUCUAAUACAAACAUAAAACAUGUUGUCUUCUGUACUUCUGCGUGGUGCAGCUCGCGGUAAUGCUGCAACACUUAUUAAAUCCGUGCGUGUCUCGCCAUUGAAGGCUUACUCCACAAUUGUGGCCAAUACUCAACGCCAAGUUGGAAUCAAGCCUCUGGCGUUGGCUAAACAAAUUUCGCCCAUCGUAAUGCGUGAGAUUUCAGUGAGCACUCCAAGAAUGGCUUCUGCAACUGGCAGUCACACUCGUCUAUGGACUAUUGAACGCGUAUUGUCUGCUGGCCUGCUGGCAAUAAUUCCAGCAGCAUUCAUUGCUCCUUCGCAAGUCAUGGACGCCCUUUUGGCUAUAUCUGUAGUCAUUCACACCCAUUGGGGUGUUGAGGCAAUGGUGGUGGAUUACUUGCGCCCAUCAGUUGUUGGUAAUGUUGUGCCAAAAGUUGCUCACAUUGCUCUCAUCUUAAUGUCAGUAGCCGCGUUGGGAGGUCUGUUUUAUUUCAUCAAGAACGAUAUUGGUUUGGCCAAUGGAAUCAAGCGCUUCUGGGCUAUCAAGGGCAAGGACACCAACCAGUGAAUGGAUAGCCCACUUGUUUAUUGUGUAUACCCAUUCGACGAUUGGGUCUUAGUCAUUAGCAGUAAAUUAAAAUAACUUGUAACACAAAAUGAGACUCACGUACACAA